AUGAGUAGUUGGACCAACUUCUUACAAUCUAGUAAUGAGUAUGAGAAAGGUGUGGAGGAUUAUUUAGAUAAAGCGUUUUCUACUCAAGCAAUUGGUGAUCAGAUUACUUGCCCGUGUAAGGUGUGUUAUCACCGCUUUUGGCAUCGUAGAGAGACAAUAUUCAAUCAUUUGAUUGUAAACGGGAUCGAGCCUGGCACUGGAGGAUGGCAUUGUUAUGAAAAGGAGAUGUGGCAUAAAAGGUAUGAAGGGGUUGGAGAUGAGCCAAAUGAUGAGGCUAAGAAGUUCUAUAAGUUAGUUGAAGAUGGAAAACAAGAGCUAUAUCCUGGCUGCAAAAAUUUUUCAAAGCUAUCAUUUCUCAUUCGUUUUUACCUUUUGAAGUGUACUCAUGGGUUAACUAAUGUAGCAACUUCAGAUAUUUUGGAUUUUAUCCGAGAAGUGUUACCAGAUGCAUCCAAAGUGCCUAACUCUUUUAAUGAGGCAAAAAAAUUGAUAAAAGAUAUGGUUCUUCAUUAUGACAAGAUUGAUGCAUAUCGUAAAGAUUGUAUGCUGUAUUGGAAGGAGCAUGAAGCAGCGACGUCUUGCCAUGUUUGUCAUGCUUCAAGGUGGAAAGAAACAGAGACUGAAAACCAAGAUGAUAUUAACAAUCAGCCAUCUAAGAAAGUGCAUAAUGUCCCUGCAAAAGUUCUUUGGCAUUUUCCUCUUAAACCAAGGCUUCAAAGGUUGUACAUGUGUUCAGAAACAGCAGAGCUAUUGAAGUGGCAUGAUGAAGAAAGAGAUAAAGAUGAGUUAUUGAGGCAUCCGGCUGAUGGUGAGGCGUGGAAAGAGUUUGAUCUAAAGUACCCAAAUUUUGCUAAAGAAGCACGUAAUGUUCGUUUGGGGCUUGCAAGUGACGGAUUUAAUCCAUUUCGAACUAUGAGCACACAACAUAGUACAUGGCAUGUUGUUCUAAUUAAUUACAACUUACCACCAUGGUUGUGUAUGAAGCCAGAAUUCUUGAUGUUGUCUCUCCUUAUUCCCGGGCCCACCUCUCCUGGGAAUGACAUUGAUGUCUACCUUCAACCAUUGGUUCAAGAACUUAAAGAUCUGUGGGAGUAUGGGUUGGACACCUAUGACGCGGAGAAGAGACAAACAUUCAAGAUGCAUGCAGCUUUACAAUCAACGACCAGUGACUUUCCAGGUUAUGCUAUUUUAUCUGGUUGGAGCACCAAAGGGAAGUUUGCAUGCCCCUAUUGUCACUACGAGAUUGAUCAUCAUCACUUGAAUAAUAGUAACAAAUCUUGCUACUGUGCUCAUCGUCGAUGGUUAGAUGAAAAUCAUCCUUGGCGGCAUGAUAUGUAG